CUGGAGGACUGCAAGCGGCCCCGGCAAGCAGGCUAACAGGCUGGCAGGAAGGCAGGAAGGCAGGGAAGAAGGCAAGAAGGCAGGCGGGGAGGGAGGGAGGAAGGCAGGCUAACAGGCUGGAAGACAAGCUGGCGGAGAGGAAGAUGGCCGCGGCUGAGAGUAUCUUCAGGGCAGGUUGUGGAAGCAGGGCGUCCUUGGCCAUGUUGGACUAGUGUCGCCGCCCCGGUUCUCCUCCAGCCGGCCAUGGGCUCCCAGACUCUGCAGAUCCUCAGGCAGGGGGUCUGGGCGUCAGUCACCGGGGGAUGGUACUACGACCCCGACCAGAACACCUUCGUCAACGCGCUCCAUCUUUACAUCUGGCUCUUCUUGCUAGCUUUCCCCUUCACGCUCUACAUGGCUUUGCCAUCCACCAUGGUGAUCGUGGGAAUCUACUGCGGCGUAAUCGCCGCCAUGUUCCUGCUGCUCAAGACGGUCAACUACCGACUCCACCACGCCCUGGACGAGGGCGAGGUGGUGGAGCUCCAGGCCAAAAAGUCGCAGGAUGGCAGAGGCGGUGCCGAGGUGCCAAACAACGGCAAUGGAGGCAGUGGAGGCCGUCACCAAGACAGCAGCGGCCCAGGGGACCCUGGAGGGGGGAUGGAGAUGGUGGACUUCAUCAGGCAAGAGACUCCGCCGGUGGACUGCAGUUCAAGGAAUUCUUACAUUGGGAUAGAGUCUAACCAGCAGAUGCUGUCCACUCUGGGGAGAGCAACAGGAGCCAAAGAAGCGGGAAAGACAUCAGAUGACAUCAGCUUGACUCUGGUGGAGAGCUGCAGUCACGACCACGAUCUGCUCUCGGACACAAAGAUGUACUGCCUCGUUCCGAAUGACUCCUUCGCCUCGCUGCAACCCUCCACCUCCUUGUGUCCUUCCGAGCUGUCCAGGGAAGCCGCAGACCUCUGCGCCUCGGGUGCUUAUCACUACAGCCUGUCGUCCUGCGACACCGAGACCACCCUGCACACGUCCACACAGUCGCAGACCUUCAGGAAAGAGCCUCGUUCGCGGGGCUUGCCUCGGACCUCCAGCUCGGCGGGGUCCGCCUUCCCCGAUCCAGGUCUGCCGGACUUCACUCUCUAUCCGCAGCCCAGGAGGGGUGGCCUUGACACUGUGUGCGAGCUGGAGGCUGCCAGGCCCCACAGGCUCGGGCUGUGUGACAGGGAGGCAACCGAGCGUCUCUACCAGCAGGACCAAGCGGUGGCUUCCACCUCGGGAAUAGUAUGUUCCAGACAUAAAGACACACACAGGGUAGCUCGCUCCGUUUCCAGGGAAGCUGGGGAGGGCAGCUCAGGUCUGUACCAAGUGGAAAUAGCAGGAGGAAGUGGGAAAUGCUCCUCCGCGGGAGGCAAAUCCCGGCGGGGGGAGCGCAGUGCCGAGAGCCUGCGCAGCCUGAGUACUCGCAGCAGCGGCUCCACCGAGAGCUACUGCAGCGGCACGGACCGGGACACCAACAGCACUGUCAGCAGCUUCCACAGCGAGCAGACCAGCUCCACACAUGUGGAGAGCCUGCUCUCGCUCUCAGGUGACGAGCGGGCCCGGGACAAAGGGGACACGGGGUCCUCUCACACGGACCGCAGGACUUCAAUCACGGGCGACUCGCGAGGCGUGAGUAACCUUCCCUCUGGGGAGGCCAACAAGAACCCUCACGCCAACGAGCUGACUGUUAACCAGCAGGCGGACAGCGUCGUGUCUACAGAUCGGGACCUCCUUGAGUCCAGUGGCGCUGUGGAAGAGCCGGGCACCAGAACCAGUGCUGAUGGCUCGACUGGAGAGGCCUUGGCACAGCAGGGGGACGUGAAAGACCACAUGGAAUUAACGUCAGCCAACCUGGUUCACAGGACUUGCUCUCUGUCGACUGGCCGCGGUGAACGCAGGCGAACGGGCAAGAAAAGGGCAAGCAGCUUUGACGCCAGCCGCCACCGGGACCACAUGUCCAUGCGCGGACUGGCCAAGCCUUGUAGUGCUGUGUUUGCUGGGGGUGGAGAGGAGGACUCCAGCGAUCAGAGUGAACUCAGCUGUGCCUCCAGUCUCCGCUCCGCCCACCACCUGAGCACGGACAGCUCGUCCAGUGCCACCUCGCGCUCUUGCCACUCACCAGAGGGGCGCUACCGGGCUCUGAAAACCAAGCACACUGCAACCUCGUCCUCCUCCGUGUUAAAAUCCGCAGCAGCAGCUUCGGAGGCGGUAGCACGACCUGGAGGGAGGCGACGUGCCUCCCGGCGUACCCUCGGCACAGGCAGCGCCAAAACGCACGCCCGGGUGUUGAGUUUGGACAGUGGUACCGCCGCCUGCCUUAACGACCCCACUCGCCUUGGAGCUCCUAUCGGGCCUCGGCCGCUCACCACCUCCAAGUCGGACCUGGAAGCCAAAGAAGGGGAGGUCCUGGACGCGGCGUCCCUCCUGGGCCGGGCCUCCCAGCUGGAGUCGGUGACCCGCUCCAGGAACAGUCUGCCCAGCCAGGCCGUCUUCUCAGAGCCUCAGGACGCCACUGCUGCUUGCCUGCGGGCCCCGGCCGGCGAGGAGACGGUGGUAUUUCGGCGUGAACGUAGCACGUUUCGCCGGCAGGCGGUGCGGCGGCGGCACAACGCCGGGAGUAACCCCACGCCGCCCUCCUCCCUCAUUGGAUCUCCUCUCAGUCUUCAGGAGGCCCUAAGCCAGGCCUCCCAGUCUUGCGCUUCCCAGGUGAAAAGUCAGCCAUCUCGAACCUCGUCCCAGGUGACAGUGCUGAGCACCAGCGCCUCCCUGCUGGCCAGGAACGGAAGCACGCACCUGGACGGCUCUCAGGACAAGGCCUCCACUGUGGGCGCCACCAGCUUGCAGGACGACCUCGGAAAACUCACGCCCUCCUUGUACGAGGCUGCCGGCUGCGACCUGUCCCUGGUAAAUUUUGAGCCUGCGACCAGACGAGCCUCCAACAACAUUUGGGACACUGACUCCCACCUCUCCAGUUCUACCUCAGUUCGUUUCUACCCUCAUGACCUGCUCUCCCUCCCUCAGAUCCGCCUGAACCGCCUCCUGACUAUGGACCCGGAGCUUCUGGAGCAGCAGGAUGCUGACCUGAGUCCGGAACUACAGGAUGCGCCGCUGGGCCAAGGUGACGCAGCUGCCCACGUGGCCGCUGGCAAAGCCAAGCAGUAUUACCGCCUGUGGCUCAUGCCUUACCUGUGGGUUGGUCUGCACUUUGAUCGCCUCACACUGCUGGCGCUGUUUGACCGGAACCGUGAGGUUCUGGAGAACGUGCUGGCCGUGGUGCUCGCAGUUUUGGUGGCUUUUCUAGGCUCAGUGUUGCUGGUUCACGACUUCUUCACUGACAUUUGGGUCUUUCAGUUCUGCCUCGUCAUCGCAAGCUGCCAGUAUUCUUUACUGAAGAGCGUCCAACCAGACUCCUCCUCUCCUCGACAUGGCCACAACCGCAUCAUAGCAUACAGCCGGCCCGUCUACUUCUGCCUGUGUUGUGGCUUCAUCUGGCUGCUUCACUACACCAGCCUGAGGACCAGCUCUUCACGCUUCACGCUGUACGGCGUGGCGCUCACCAGCUCGCUCGUCCUGGCCUCCGCAAGGGACCUGGUCAUAAUCUUCACGCUGUGUUUCCCCAUCAUCUUCUUCAUGGGUCUGCUGCCGCAGGUCAACACGUUUGUCAUGUAUCUCUUUGAACAGCUGGACAUCCACAUCUUUGGUGGCAAUGCCUCCACAAGCCUACUGUCGGCGCUCUACAGCUUUCUUCGCAGCGUGGUCACCGUCACGCUGCUGUACGGUUUCUGCUAUGGCGCCCUGAAGGAGAGCUGGGAGCCUCAACACAUCCCCGUGCUCUUCUCUGUCUUCUGCGGCCUCUUGGUGGCGGUAUCGUACCACCUCAGUCGGCAGAGCAGCGACCCGUCCGUCCUCAUCUCCCUGAUACAGUCAAAGAUUUUGCCCAAUUUGAGGGACAGCAACCCAGAAGACCCUCUGUCAGAAGUCCAGGACCCUCUACCUGAGAAGCUGAGGGCCUCGGUGAACGAGCGUCUGCAGUCCGACCUGAUCGUCUGCGUGGUCAUCGCCGUGCUUUAUUUCGCCAUCCAUGUCAGCACCGUCUUCAUCGCCCUGCAGCCUUUCCUGAGCUACGUGUUGUAUGCUCUGCUGGCCACGGUGGGCCUGCUCACACACUACCUGCUGCCUCAGGUGCGCAAGCAGCUUCCCUGGUACUGCUUCUCACACCCGCUGCUCAAAACCAAGGAGUACUAUCAGUUUGAAGUCAGGGAUGCGGCUCACGUGAUGUGGUUUGAGAAGCUUCACGUGUGGCUGCUCUUCAUCGAGAGGAACAUCCUUUAUCCGCUCGUCAUCCUUAACGAGCUGAGUGGCAGCGCCAGAGAACUGGCCAGUCCAAAGAGACUGGACACAGAGGUGGGUGCACUGAUGAUCACUGUGGCGGGCCUCAAGCUGCUGCGCUCCUGCUACAGCAGCCCCACCUAUCAGUACGUCACCAUCCUCUUCACCGUGCUCUUCUUCACCUUUGACUACCGACAUCUGUCAGAGACGCUGCUGCUUGACCUCUUCCUCAUGUCCAUUGUCUUCAGCAAGCUCUGGGAGUUGUUCUACAAGCUGCACUUUGUCUACACCUACAUCGCACCCUGGCAGAUCACAUGGGGCUCCGCCUUCCACGCCUUCGCUCAGCCCUUCGCCGUGCCUCACUCGGCCAUGCUUUUUGUGCAAACGUUAGUGUCAGCAAUCUUCUCCACCCCCCUCAACCCCUUCCUAGGCAGCGCCAUCUUCAUCACAUCCUACAUGCGACCUGUCAAGUUCUGGGAGCGGGACUACAACACCAAAAGAGUGGAUCACUCCAACACCCGGCUGGCCUCGCAGCUGGACAGAAAUCCAGGCUCUGAUGACAACAACCUCAACUCCAUCUUCUACGAGCACCUGACCCGCUCGCUGCAGCACAGCUUGUGUGGUGACCUGCUGCUGGGCCGCUGGGGCAACUUCAGCACCGGCGACUGCUUCAUCCUGGCCUCCGACUACCUCAACGCCCUGGUGCACCUGGUAGAGAUCGGCAACGGCCUGGUCACCUUCCAGCUCAGAGGGUUGGAGUUCAGAGGCACCUACUGCCAGCAGAGGGAGGUGGAGGCCAUCACGGAGGGCGUGGAGGAGGACGAGGGCUGCUGCUGCUGCGAGCCGGGCCACCUCCCCCACAUCCUGUCCUUUAACGCCGCCUUCGGCCAACGCUGGCUAGCGUGGGAGGUGCUGGUUACCAAGUACGUGCUGGAGGGUUACAGCAUCACCGACAACAGCGCCGCCUCCAUGCUGCAGGUGUUCGACCUGCGCCGCAUCCUCACCACCUACUACGUCAAGGGUAUCAUCUACUACGUGAUCGCCUCGCCCAAACUGGAGGAGUGGCUGGCCAACGACACAAUGAAGGACGGCCUGCGAGCGUGCGGCGAGAGGAACUACGUGGACCUGGAUCCAACCUUUAACCCCAAUAUCGACGAGGACUACGACCAUCGGCUCGCCGGUAUCUCCAGGGACAGCUUCUGCAGUGUCUACCUGGGCUGGAUCCAGUACUGCAACUCUCGUAGAACCAAGCCGCUGGAGAGUGACAGAGACUCUCCUCUGGUGCUGCUCUGCUUGGGCCUGUGUGUGCUGGGCAGGAGAGCGCUCGGAACAGCAGCUCACCACAUGUCCAGCAACCUGGAGUCUUUCCUCUACGGGCUCCACGCUUUGUUUAAAGGAGAUUUCCGCAUCUCUUCGGUGCGAGACGAGUGGAUCUUCGCAGACAUGGAGCUGCUCAAGAAAGUUGUGGUGCCCGGCAUACGGAUGUCCCUCAAACUCCACCAGGAUCACUUCACUUCCCCGGACGAGUAUGACGAGCCGGCAGUCCUCUUCGAGGCCAUCUCCUCGCACCAGCAGAACCUGGUCAUCGCUCACGAAGGCGACCCGGCCUGGAGGAGCGCCGUGCUCUCCAACGCCCAGUCUCUCCUCGCCCUGCGCCACGUCCUGGAUGAGGGCACCAACGAGUACAAGAUCAUCAUGCUCAAUCGCCGUUACCUCAGCUUCAGAGUGAUCAAGGUCAACAAAGAAUGUGUCCGAGGUCUGUGGGCAGGCCAGCAGCAGGAGCUGGUCUUCCUCAGGAACAGGAACCCGGAGCGCGGCAGCAUCCAGAACGCCAAGCAGGCGCUGCGAAACAUGAUCAACUCGUCAUGCGACCAGCCCAUCGGAUAUCCCAUCUACGUGUCGCCGCUCACCACCUCCUACUGCAACUCCCACCCCCAGCUGGGCCACGUCCUGGGCGGGCCCAUCAGCGUCGCCAACAUCCGCAACUUUGUGGUCAGCACCUGGCACAGGUUGGUGUUGCCGCCUGGCUUGUGGGACGCCACGCUAGACGGCUUUUCACCCGACCGUCUUUUCUCCUUCAGAUUGCGAAAAGGCUGCGGCGCCGGCUGCAACAGCGGAGGUAAUAUCGAGGAUUCUGACGCCGGCGGGCUGUCCUGUGGCAGCGGCAACGGGAACGGCGCCGACUCUCAACAGAGCUCAAUGUCGCAGGGCGGGACUUCUGGCCCCGCCCCCUCGCACUCGUACCAUCCUCACGGUCUAGGCUCCAGCCAGAGUUCCCAGUCGGUCCAGUCCAGCCUGGUCCGCCACUCCCCCGCCCGAGCCUCCAUGGCCAGCCAGUCGUCGUCGUACCGCUACAGCAGCAGCCGCCACUCCUCGCUGCGCACGUCCGCCACGGGCCUGGAGCCCUGUCGUCGCUCCUCCACCAGCCAGCUCUCCUUGCGCACUCUCCCCACCUCCCUGCAGCUGCGGCUGGGCUCCACGUCCGACCCCGCCGGCCCCACCGCCUCCCUCUCCAGCCACAGCAUCCCACCUUGCAAGCGCCACACGCUGGUGGGCCUCCUAGGCAGCGACGGCUUGUGUGGCGUGGUGACGGAUCCCCUCAGCCAGCAGCAGCACCACCAGCACCAGCAGCAUCAUCAUCAUCAUCAUCAUCCUCUCCACCCGCAGCAACACAACCCGCUGGUCUCCACCGUGAGGAGGGACGACAUCUCCUACAGAGUGCAGAUUAUGGACCUGAGUCAAGUGCUGGAGAACAUCAACGUGUCCAAACGCAAAGAACUCCAGUGGCCUGACGAGACAGUGAGACUCAGGGCGGGGAGGACCUGCUGGAGGGACUGGAGCCCCCUGCAGGGCAUGGAAGGACAUGUGAUUCACCGCUGGGUGCCUUGUAGCCGAGACCCAGCCAGCCGCUCCCAUACGGACAAGACCAUCCUGCUGGUACAGGUGGACGAUAAGCUCGUGCCCGUUGUGGAGACCGGGGUCAUUGAGUUGGGAGCGGAGGUUUGAGGUCAAGAAAAGAAACAUGUCCAGUGACAAGCACAGAACCAGGCCAGGCGUACCUCCGCAUGGACAGGAAAAAAGGACGAGGGGGAAAAAGGACGAGGGGAAAAAGGACGAGGGGGAAAAAGGACGAGGGGGAAA